AUGGAAGAAACACAAUUAUCAAAUGAUUUUAAUUUUACAUCAAAAACAAUCACCACCAAUGUUGUCGAUGAAUAUGGCAAUUCAAUUAUAUCAACUGUAAAAACUAAAAAACGUCGUUCAGGCAAAUAUUGUUUACAUUUAUUUAAAAUAUUCAUUAAAAAUAUUGGUUUAACAUUAUUAUUAAUUGCAUAUCUAUGCGCUGGUGGUUAUAUAUUUCGUUCACUUGAAUUAUACAAUGAAUCACAAGAUUGUUUUCAACGUCAAAAAAAUUAUAUAAAAAAAUUGAAUUCAACUACACUUCGAGUAAUUGGUACAAUCAAAUCAAUUGAUUCUAAUAAUAAUCAUUUAGAUCAAACACAAACAUUAGAUGAAAUUAUUAUUAAUUUAUUAAAUGAAUAUGCUGAAGAUUUAUAUGCAUUAGAUGUGAAACCAUCAACAAAUUGUACAGCUAUAUUAAAUACAUCAGAUGGUUCAAAAUGGAAUUUAAUAAAUGCAAUAUUUUUCUGUGUUACAGUAAUCACAACAAUAGGUUAUGGACAUAUUGCACCAGUUACAUUUUGGGGUCGUAUAACAUGCAUUAUAUAUGCAAUUAUUGGUAUACCAUUAAUGUUAAUCUAUUUAGCUAUUAUUGGUAAUUUACUUGCACGUGGAUUUCGUACAAUAUUUUUAAAUUUAAUUUGUUGUCGAUGUUUCUAUGAUAUUAUAAAACGUAAACGUCAACAACGUAGAAAAUUAAUGCGUCAAUGGGAAGAAAGUCUUCGUCUACAUGAAGAAGAAGAAGCUAGGAGAAGAGGAUUAUCAUUGCCACCAAAAAAGAUUCAAUCCAACAUUGACGAUGAUUAUGAUAGUGAUGACGAUGAAGAUGAUGAGAAUCGAAUAGAUGAUGGUGCAAAAUUACAUGUUCCAUUGACAAUUAGUGUCAUAGUUUUAUCAAUCUAUACAAUAAUCGGUGCAAUGAUAUUUCCAACAUGGGAAGAUUGGUCAACAGCGAAUGCUGCUUAUUUUUCAUUUAUUACAAUAUCAACUAUUGGUUUUGGAGAUUUAGUUCCAGGCAAUGGAAGAUUCAAUGAUCCUAAAACUACAACGGAACUUGUUGUUGGCGGUCUUUACUUACUAGUUGGAUUAUCUUUAUUAUCAAUGUGUUUAAAUUUAAUGAAAGAUGAAAUUAUUGCUAAAGUUCAUUAUAUUUGUACUUGUAUUGGUUUAAAAAGUAAAAAAACCAACAAUAAUAACAAUGAAGAUGAUGAUGAUAAUGUGAACGUUGCGAAUAAUUUAAAUAAUAAUAAUUCAAAUCAACAAUUGAACAACAUUGAACAAUUGAACAAAGAAACAACACAAUUGAUGACACCAGCAAUGGCUACAACAACAACAACAACAAAGCGAACUACAACUGGACAAUCUUCAAAUUAUCAAAAAAAUGAAUAUGAUAAUGAAGCAUUUCAAAUUGAAAGAUAAACUAAUUUUAAUUGACUUUAUGAUCAGACAGACAGAA